CCCGUGGGGUGCCAGAUGCUGAGCACUGUCCGUGUCUCCCCCUGUGCCCAGGUCCGAGCCCACCAGUUGGUGCUGCCCCCCUGCGACGUGGUGAUCAAGGCCGUCUCGGAGUAUGUCAGCACCAUCAAAGACCCCUGCAACCUGGAUGCUGUGGGGAGAGACGUCUUCAAACACUCUCAGUCCAGGACGGAGGAUAAGAUCGAGCGCUUCAAGAAAGCCGUGAACUAUUAUUCGGUGGCUGCCAAGAUGCCCCUGGCACCUGUGGGCCCGUCCUCAUUUGCUUAUGGAUCCAACCACUUCGAGGGCGCCCUGUGCAGGCAGCCCGGUGGAUCCCUCCCACGGGAAGCGAUGUUCCCACCCGACCUGGGGCCAAAGGUGCAAUACCAGCCGCCGGCUCCGCCCUCCUCCUUCCCCCCGGGCCCCAGCACCAGCCGCCUCUUCUCCCCCCGCCCGCUGGGAGAUGUGCCCCCCUUUCACGAGGAGUCCGGCCUGAAAGGCGGGGACUUCAGCUGCUGGGCCGGCGCCUACAAUGCCAAGUUCCCCCCCGACCAGCGGGGUCCCAAGCCCUCCUCUUCCUCCGGGCCGGCCUCCUCCCCCUCCUCCUCCUCUGACUGCGAAGAGCACAACGGGGACAGUGCCAACCAUGUCUCCGAGAUGCUGCAGCCGAAGUCUGGCUGGGAGGGGCCCGAUGCUGAAAAGCUGAGCCAGGGCUGGGGGCAGGUGGGGGGCUCAGGUGGCACCGAUGGGCCCCUGACUGGGCCCGAGCCCUCCAUCCCCUCACUGCUUUCCAUGGCCACCCGCAACCACAUGGACAUAACCACCCCCCCGCUGCCCCCCGUAGCCCCCGAGGUCCUGCGGGUGGCUGAGCACCGACACCGACGCGGCCUUAUGUAUCCCUCCAUCUACCAUGUUCUUACCAAGGGCGAGAUCAAGCUCCCCGUGUGCAUCGAGGACGAGUGUAAUGCUGAGCUGCCUCCAGCCGCCGUCCUCUUCCGUGGCGCCCGGCAGCAUAUCUACGGGGUGCUGUUUGGCGUGGCUGAGAACCAGCGCCGGGUGGAGCGCCUGGCCAUCCGCCGCCGCAUCCCCACGGAAGUUGGGGUUCUAGUGGUGAGAGCGGGGCGCCCUGGUUCCGUCACGGUCGCCCCUGCCUGCUUCACCGCAGCACGAGCACUCAGCGCGUGUGUGGGCACGUUGGCCGGUUACAUGAUGCAGUGGCCCGGAGGGAGGAUCCUUCAUAGGCACGAACUGGACGUGUUCCUGGCUCAGUCAGUUUCCUCUCAGCUCUACGAGCCGGAUCACCUGCAGGAGCUGAAGAUUGAGAAGCUGGAUGCCCGGGGCGUGCAGCUGGCAGCCCUCUUCAUGAGCGGAGUAGAUACGGCUCUGUUUGCCAAUGACGCCUGUGGGCAACCGGUGCCCUGGGAACACUGCUGCCCCUGGAUCUACUUUGAUGGGAAACUCUUCCAGAGCAAGCUCAUCAAAGCCACCCGUGACAAGGCCCCCCUCAUUGACCUGUGUGACGGGCAGACGGAGCAGGCAGCCAAAGUGGAGAGGAUGAGACAGAGCAUCCUGGAGGGCGUGAACUUCAACCGCCAGGCCCCGCCCCCUCUGCUCCCGCCCCCUCCCUUCGUGCCUGCCAUGGCUGCGCCCUUCUAUUCGAUGCCCCUCUACCCCCGCACCACGGGCUCUGUGCCGCCGCCAACCCCUGGGAGGAGCAGAGGGUUCACAGGUCUCCACCCAAUUCCGCCUCAGGGGGGCAAGCUGGAGAUUGCCGGGAUGGUUGUCGGCCAGUGGGCGGGCAGUAAGCCCUCGCGGGGGCGGGGCUCCUUUGGGAUGCAGGUGGUGUCUGUCGGGGGACCUGGGAAGGGACGCAGUCGAGACGGGUCUGGAAAACUCCCCAAAGGAAACAAGAAGCUUAGCAAGCAGGGCUCGUUGGAGGGAGCAGCCAAAGCAGCGGAGUUGCAGAGUGGGCAGUCCCCGUCGCAGGUGAACGGGGGCGAGGAUUCGGGGGGCGGUCCCUGCCCCCCGGCCCCGUCACAGUGUGCCUUAGCCAGAGACACUGACCCCUGCGGUGACGAGGGCCAGUACUGCGGGCGGCUGGCCCAGGAGGUGGAUCACGGCCCCAACUCCAAGCUGCCCCUCCCGGCUCUGCAGAAGGAAGAGUGAUGGGGGGAAUGACCUGAUUUGGGGAGGGGGGGGGCUUUCCGGGGGGCAGGGCCAGGAGCGUGGAAGCCUCAGGGUACCAUGAGGACAGGGGGGUUGGAAAGGGAGAGCCCCAGUGCAUUGUGGGGGAUUAUCUCCUAAUUACAGGGAUGGUCUCCUACUGCGCCUCAGUGCAUUGUGGGGGAAUCUACAGCACCCCAGUGCAUUGUCGGGGAUUGUCCCCUAAUUAAAGGGAUGGUCUCCUACAGUGCCCCAGUGCAUUGUGGGGGAAUCUCCUACAGCGCCCCAGUGCAUUGUGGAGUAUCAUCCCCUAAUUAAAGGGAUGGUCUCCUACAGCGCCCCAGUGCAUUGUGGGAGGAUUUGUACCUGUUUCCCUGUCCCCCACCCCCUUCCCCCCCCAAUCAUGCCAAUCAGUUCCCCAACAUGGCGUAUUUUAUUAUUUUUUUAUUUUAAUAUUUGUGGGUGGGGAGUUGACGGUUUUCUAUGGUUUUUAACAUAUUAUAUAUACCCCUCCCCUGGCUCUUGUAGCGGGGUAGGGGGGAGAAAUGCUAUUAAAUAAACGGGGAGCCGUUAAAAGGAAGCCAGGCAGGAUGAAUAAAAGUGAGUGGGGAGGGGUGAUGUCUGGAGGCUCAGGCCAGGCCACUAACGGGUCGUGGUGUCCCCUGCCCUGCAGUGCUGGGCGCCCCAGCACCCACAGCCAGCCGAGCAGGGCACUGGUUGCGCCCCUCGCUGCUCUGGGUGGAGCCCCAAAACUUCACGGGGGUGGGGAGGCGGAUUUCCCCAAUAUUUGGCGGAUGCAGAUGCCCCCAGCCCGUGUUCGUUUCGGGCGGUAUGGGGUUGAGUUCGGGGCAGAGGCGCUGAUGGCUGAAAUCUGCCCAUGCUUUGUACAGACAGAAGAGAGAGAUUAUAUUUACAGAGACAGAUUCUAUAUAGAAACUAUGUAUCUCGGGGGGAGGAAUUCCCGUGUCCCCAGCCGCAGCUCCAGAGCCGUCCGCGUCGGACCCAGGGGGGCAGGGGCAGUCGAGGGGUCCCUCCAAAACCAGGCAGCCCCCACCCCCCGCUUCCGCGGAGUCCCCCCAUCCUGGCUGCGGAUCCCAGCGGGGCUGGG